UGCGCGCUGAUCCCACUGUUGCCGCCGCUCAAGUGUUGCAUGCUGGAGAGUCCCGACGCUCUGUGAGAGCUUUGGCUCCGGUAGGAUGAAGGCUCGCUCUUCGUUUGGAAACGAGGGAAAAUGAAGAUGAAGAUAAGAGUGUGCCAAGGGGUUAGUGGCAUCAUCAUCAUCACAAUGGUUACCAGUUUUAUGUUGGUGUACAAUAGCAGCUCUGGUGACAGAUCUUCGUCAUCAUCACCAUCGUCACCAUCUGCCCACCGUCUAGAUGGUCCUGCUGCAUCUGUGAAAAAGCCAGAGAGACCACAGAAACUUCCAACAUCAACACUUGAGGGGUAUACAGGUGUUAUAGAUCAUAAGCCUCUGAGGAUGCACUGCGGGACUUGCGCCCUGGUGACCAGCUCUGGCCAGCUAACUGGGAGCAAGAGGGGUGAAGACAUUGACCGCUCUGAGUGUGUCAUCCGUAUGAACGACGCCCCCAGCGUGGGCUAUCAGCACGACGUUGGCCAGCGCACAAGCCUACGUGUCAUAGCUCACUCCAGCCUGCAGAGGGUGCUGCGGAGCCGACAGCAGCUACUUAACGCAAGCCAAGACACGGUGUUCAUCUUCUGGGGACCAAACAGCUGCAUGAGAUGGGAUGGAAAAGGCCACGUUUACAACAACCUGAGGCAGUUAAAGCAGCUACUGCCCAAACUCAAAGUCUACAUCAUUUCUCGGAUUAAGAUGCUGAAGUUUGAUGAACUAUUUAAAAAUGAAACAGGGAUUGAUAGGAAGAGAUCCAACUCCUGGCUGAGUACUGGCUGGUUCACCAUGGCCAUAGCCCUGGAGCUGUGUGACAGGAUCAACGUGUACGGCAUGGUGCCCCCCGAUUCCUGCAGAUCCUCCUCCCAUCUAUCCGUGCCGUAUCAUUACUAUGAGCCCUUGGGGCCCGCCGAGUGUUCCAUGUAUGUCUCUCAUGAGAGAAGCCGACGUGGAAGCCACCACCGUUUCAUCACGGAGAAGACAGUGUUUGCAAACUGGGCCCGAACCCUCAACAUCCACUUUUACCAGCCAGACUGGAAACCCACUGCUGGCAUCAUCAAGCUGAACAUCUCAUAUGCUCCAACUGGAUCCUGAGACUCACACAAGUGUGGAAUAUGUGUGUGGACAGUUUCCAGCAUGCAGAUUCCCUCUCUGGCCAAUCUGAAUGCCUGAGACAGCAGUGGGACAGAACAAACUGCUGUUGUGGUGCUUAACCUACUGCCUAAGCAGCUUGGCAGAAUGGGAUCAUUGCAUAAUAGCAGCACAAAGCCUCAACAAUGUUUUGGAAGUGUAACUAUGAUAGGAUGAAUUUCAUACUGGAAUCAAAGCCAUAGAGGAUGGCUUAAGUGUGUUUUUUUCUACUCUGCGUGGAGCUGUUUUAAUAACACUCAAGCUGUCAGAGAGGAGACAGACAAUGAGGAAGUGUGCUACUGCAAUAAUCGCAGUAUGAUUGGUUCAUUUUCAUAAAUUAAAACAAUAGAGAUUCACCCCCUUUUAUACGUAGAAAUAGAGCUGCAGCUGAGGACACAGAGGCCAUGCCCUCUGUUCUGUUUCUGUUUUAAUUACCCGAGAGGGAGUUUAGACUCUACAAUUACACAUUUCAGAGCUGAUUGUGAUAUUGUUAGAGUCACCAUCUUUUUUUACAUACUUUUCUUCAAGAGAAGAAAGCGUGACAGUUAAAAUUACACAAUUGCAGGUUCCACAUGCUUCUUGGAUUUAGACAAAAAGCUAAUAUAAUUAAAACAAUACAAACAAACAAAAACAAGAGAGCAUAUUUUUUAAGCAAUCCAUUCAAAACAGUGUCUCAAUUUGGAGACACAUGAUGACCUAAUUGAUCCAUCAUAUAAAAGACAGAUUGGGCAGGGAACCUCUAAGCUAACAGAACAGAACAGCUGUAGCUGUCAAUGAUAUGAAGUAGUGCUAUGCUCUGAGGGUCCACCAAAUAUUGCCAUAAAUGGAUUUUGGAUCCAAUGUUUUGUUGAGGACUGCAACUAAUGAUUAUUUUCAUUAUCGAUUAAUAUCACAAUUAUUUUAAUCAAUUAACAGAGCGUCUUCACAGACUUGUCAUAGCGGGAAAGGCACAUGUGUAACUCAUUAAUAACAUUAAUGAGGGCUCUGUUCCAUUUAUGUGUCCCAAUAAGCUAAACCAGUGAGCCAGAAUGCACAAUGUGAGGGCCCUGAAACAUGUAAAUGGGAUGCAGCCAUGAUUCAUGCUAUUAAUUACACCUGUCCUUAUCCUGGUAUGACAUGUUAAAAUGUCUGCUGUGGAAAAGGUCUGUUACUUUGUCUAUUAAAUGUCAGAAGAUAGAAGAUGCCCUUUACAGUUUCUCAGAGCAUAAAGUAAUGUCUUCAGAUGUUUUGUUUUUUUCCAGUAAACAAAACCAAGAUAUUUAGUUUACAGUAAUAUAAAAACCGAGAAAAGCAACAAAGUGUCACAUAUAACAAGCACGAACCAGAGAAUGUUGGUUCGAACUUAAGUGAUCAGUUAUCACAAUUGUUGCUGAUUAAUUUUCUGUUGCUGAUCAACUAGUUGAUUAAUUAUCAAAUUGUUUAAUCUUCAUUGUAUUUUAACAAGUAUAUGAGAACACUUUAAAUAUUAUGAUCUAGAAAUAAUUUCAAGAUAUGCAUAACCAAAGCACGUGGCCAAUUGUUGCUUUUUACUGGUGACAUCUGAAGUCGCUGGUACCAGCAUUGGAAUUUUUUGGACAAUUGUUCUCUAGUAAAAUAGAAACACUAUCUUAAAAAUUUCAGCCAAAAAGAACAAUUAAUAAUUAAAAUAAAUCAAAGGGAUGUAGUAUUUCUGCGUCAGAUUCAUAUUCCCAAAGAACGCUUAUAUUUAGACAAUCACAUAGGGAGAUAAAAUAUACCAAAAAUGUAACUCAACAGUUAAAUUAAACAAUACAUAUUAUUUAAAAUAGUUAGACAAUCUAAUCUAAUCAGGAGGGCCAGAUCAUUACACAGCACAGUAUUUCUAAAAUCCUCAUAUCUGAUCAUAUUUGAUAAAAUAUACAAAAUCAAAACAGAAAAAAAGAAAAAUUGGACAACACACAACCUAAGUGCUUUGAAAACUGAAUUAAAGGGAUCACUUGAACCUUUCCAGCUCUGGUCAUAAACAAAUUUGGCAAGUUUGAGAUAUAAAAGUACUGUAAUGCAUCUUCAAAACAAAAGUAGAUACACAAACAAACUAAAUUACUUUAGCUGUGAAGCUCUCAGGACACAAACAGGUGUAGUACCAGAGCUUGGUUAUCUGAUUGUGCUUAUACUAAAAGUCAGGUGUAAAUGCUAUCCCCUUCAAUCAUAUCUACACACAAUGGAGAUCAGAGGACUUCAUUAAUAAGUUAUAACUUUGUUCUCUAGCUCUGGAACAGAUGGUCCCUCAAAAAGACCCAGCCAGCCCAUGUGGCUGACACUCUAGGCCAUGAUUUGUCCUGUUAUUAAAGCCAAAUGUCAGAACAAGCCCUCAAAGGCAUUCCGCCUGACUACAGAGCCGAUUCAGCCACUGCAAUACUGAUACAAAUGAUUACAUCAAAGCAGUCUCUUCAAUCCUGACCCACAGGCUUCUGUCUCAGCGUCUUCAUACAGAGGGGAUCUGGUUGUUAGCAAGGGAUUACACUGUGGUAUCCAACCAUAACUCUGGGGUGAGAGGAACAGCGCGACCAUUGCAGAAUUCAAUAUGCGCCAUCCUGCAGUUGGGAGCUGCAGAAAAGACGUUGACUGCUGCCUGUUCCUGUGUUCAUUCAGAUUUUACCACAAGAGCACUGCACUCAGGUGGAAUCUUAAUGAUCUCAGGUGCUCUGAGAAAAGCCCAUGCAGUGCUGGGGUGUCAUGCUAAGUGCAGUGGCUGCUCCUGAGAUCUGGGCUAUGUGCUCUGCACACCAAUUACUGGCCCUUCAGGUAGAAAGGUUGGAUUUUAAAGGCUUCAAAGGACAAGCUGGCUGCAAAUGAGUCUGCCGUUGCUAUCUUAAACACAUGCUCAAGGCAAUGGGGCAACGGAGCCAUGAUUCUCACUGACCUUGGAAACCUAAAGAGACAAACAAUGAUGUGGAGGUGCUUGGAGUCAGUCUGUCAGGCGUUAAUGGUUAAAUUGCAAUCUUUAAUUUAUUUGUGUAUCCAUACAUUAACGUUAUCAUCUACACUUGUUAUUUCCAGCAGUUGGUGAAAGUUGUUUAAAUGCCAAAACGUUAUUAUGCUGUUCUGGCUUCAGCCCCUCAAUACAGAAUUGUGUGUGUGAGUCAUUUACUUUGUGACCCAGUGAUGUUUUAGAAAAUAUCUAAGAUAUGAAGGUGAAAUGAUCCAAAAAAGUCACAUUUUUCAUUCAUUAUCAAAUCGUGGUUUCAUGAUUCAGUAUGUUUCUGUAAAGAAAGAAUAAGUAGAGUGUGCCUUACAUUCACAUUUUUUAAUUAUUAUAACAUUCAGUGUAAGUAUUCAGUGUAAAAGUGCAGCAUAUUUGAGAUUUCUGUAUGAAACACUUGAGUUUUGUCAGAUCUCGAUUUUAGUGAUUUUGUAUUAUAGUGAAUAAUAGAAGAUAAACUGAAUCAGCACUCUACUUUUUUCUGAAUUUUGACUAAAAUAUGUGGUGAUUGUUUAGUGUAUUGAGUUAGAGCCUUGUAUAACAGUAUUAUAUGAUAAGACAGGAUUUACUGUUACGCCAAUAAUGAAACACUUUGGCUUGCAGAUGGUGAUGUUUUGAUGCAGGUUUACAGCAGUUUUAGGGUUGAUUCUUCUCAAACAUAAUCAGACACAGUGAGAGACAUAAUAAAUCCUUAGGUGGUAUUUUUCUUCAAGCUAAAACUUGAUCUAAUCCCCAAAUUCUUAAUUUCCAUUAGCAAACGUUCCAGUCUUGGGUUUGAGUUUAAUACUCCCGGAUAUCUGAGUGUGUAACUGUGUAGCCCUUGUAAAUAGAGCAGCAGGAUAAACUCACACUUUCAUCUCCUCAGCAGCAAUUUCCAUCAUGACACAUAUCACACACACACACACACACACACACACACACACACACACACACACACUUUAACAGCAUACCUGCCGUUGAUAAGCAGUGUCUGAAACCGUGUGAAUUAUAGAUCUGCCCUGUUUAUGAUAGCGGGCUGUAAAGUAAUUGUGGAGCUUUAUCAGUAAGCCUGCAAAAAUACCAUCAUCCUAUAGAGCCAAAAUGUUGAAGAGAUAAUUCAUGAAAGAGUUCACUGGGAUUAAUAACACCGAGUCUCACCAUAAUCUCCAUUUUUUUUUUACAAUGUUUAAGUCUUUUUCUUUGCCUGAACACUGAACCCUUUUUAAAUGUAAUGCAGGAUCAUGUGCUGUGAGUCUGCACUGACACCUGGUGGCUUCUUGUGUCUCAGCAACUCCUGGAGGUGUUAAAGAAACCUCAUUAGGAUUGUCUUGGGUGUUUAUUUCCUGUUAAGGCUAAAACAUCUGACCUUGAAAACUUGUCUUUGUUAAAAAAAUGAACAUCAACACUUCUUCUUGCUGUAUUCAUUCCUGUAAGUGAUGGGAGACAAGAUCCACAAGCCUCCCUCUAUGCAAAAAUGUCAUUUAAAAGUU